AUGAGUGCCUUUAAUAUCUAAAAGAACAGAUUCAUGAAGAAAGCAAAUGAAAAGAAAAUCUAAAAAGAAAUAUUAACAAAUCCAAUUCUAUAGAUAUUGAAUAAAGAUGAAGAAAUGGAAGAUCUUAAUUCAUCUACUUCACCAUGUUUGUCAGUCCCAAUAUUUAGUCCAACUAAAUUCAUCUUUCCAACUCUAGCCUCUUUAAAAAAAAUUAAAUGA